AUGAUAAAUACGGCGCAAAAAGGCCCUCCAGCCAAGAAACUUUUCCAAACCACGCUUAUUGGAGUUCGAACAGACAUGAUGGCACAAGGACGAAAUCUCCAGGAAGGCUUUAAAUACAUCAGACCUUUUUUCAUUUUGCGAUCCCAGUCAACAUUUUUAAGCUCCCUAUUGCAACACAUAGAUUCACUUGGGGGCUCCAUGUCGAUGACAGAAAAAGCCCAGCUUAAAAAUCUGAAGAAAUCAAUUAAAAAUCUUCAGGAGUGCAAAUUCGGACAUUUAUUAGAUACCGCUAAUGAAGUAAUCGUUUCAGUCAGAUCCAUCAUAUCCACUAAGAAUUUAACUGAACGAGUCGACAGAUGUUCUUCUUUAUUACUUAAAUCCGCUUUAUCGAUACGCCAAAUCUCAACCAUGCUUGAUGCCAGAACUCGCUCUGAUAAUGAAUAUGAAAAAGUAAAAGAGCAACAAUUCCAAAUUAAUUCACCAACGAAACCAGAUGGUUCGAUUUUAAUCCCUGAGGACGAUCAAAACAUGUUUAUCUGCCGUAUUUGUGAAGAGAAAAUCCCUAUAGAUAAAAUAGAAACCCAUACAAAGUUCUGUAUCCAAGGAUAUAUGAGCCAUAAGUGCAAAGCUCAAAUCCUUGCCACGAUAGACCAAAUAUAUAAUGAUAUUGUUAAUAAGGAACUCAAGGUCAAUUGGCCGCAAAGCCAGGAUAUCAUGGUUUCUUAUCAUUUUCCACUUCUUCAUAUGUCCCUCAUUUUACAACAUGUCAAGCACCUGGAUUUCUCACAGCCUGACGCUCGCGAAACACUAGAGCUCCUCCAUGUUGUUCUCAAAUAUCUCCAAAGCGGUGACAAAAUCCGACCAAUUUUAAAUAAAUGUAUCAACGCAAUCCGCGAAUGCAUACGCAUCUGCAAAGCUAUGAGUACAGCAAGCGCUGGUCUAAGCGAUACCAGAAUUAGCAAAAAUCCAAAACCAAUUACUUUCCAAAAUGUUACGAUCGCUGAUUUCGAAUUUAUCAGGCGAAUUUCUAGCGGCGCCUUCGCUACUGUUUUCAUUGCAAAAAAGAAGCUUACCGGUGACAUUUUUGCCAUAAAAGUCAUUCCUCGAACAACGGUUAUUCAGAAAAACCAAACAAGCAGAAUUAUGACAGAAAAGGACAUUCUCAAGAAUUUUACGAACCCUUACAUUGUUACUUUUUACUAUUCGAUUCUUGGCGAACGAAACCUUUAUCUCGUUACGGAAUUCGUACCAGGAGGAGAUCUCUACUCACUACUCCAAGCCCUGGGAAGCUUCGACGAGGAUUCCUCCAAAAUUUACAUCGCAGAAAUUCUCCACGCUCUGAGGUACUUACGAGAAAACGGUAUCAUCCAUCGUGACUUGAAGCCUGAUAACAUUCUUGUCACUAAAAACGGAACCCUUAAACUUACAGAUUUCGGAUUGAGCCAUCAAGGCAUUGUAAACCGCCAAAUGUCCAACGAACCAGAGGAUAUCGAAGCAGAGCCAGAGAUUGUUGGUACUCUCGAUUACAUGGCCCCUGAAAUUCUUAUGAAUUUACCUCAUUCUUUCGGUGUCGACUACUGGUCACUCGGAGCAAUGCUUUUUGAGUUCCUUACGGGCGUGCCACCAUUCCACGCCGAUACAGAUACAGAAACUACUAAGAACAUUUUACUUAAUAAAAUUGAUUUUCAGCCAGACGACGAAAUGUCACCGGAAGCGAAAGAUCUCAUCAAGAGGUUACUCGAUCCGAACCCAGAAACACGUCUCGGCGUUAAAGAUAUCAACGAUAUCUUCAAAAAUCCGUGGUUGAAGGGAAUUAACCCAGAAACAGCCGAGCCACCUUUCAAACCUCAGCUCAAGAGUUCGACAGAUACACAUUUGUUCGAAGAAAGAUACCACUUUUCGCCAUUAAACGAUCAAGAUAUUCUUCACGACAUCUCUGUUGCUUCUUCUCCUCAAACAUCCGUUUCCAAGUUCAACCUUGAUGACAUUGAGGAAGAAAAGAGCCUCUCAGACUUCCAAUCAAUAGGUGUUGACAAUUUGAUCGACCAAAACAUGAAUAUGGCGAAGAGAUUGAAGAGCAGCAGCUUCACUUCGGAUGAUCUCGAACUCCCUCAUGAGAAUCACACUCAAAAAGGUACAAAGAAGAGGGCUCUCUCUACAAAUUUCGAACCUUCAAAGUUUAACCUUGUUUAA